GCUCUGCUGGCUUCACUGCACGCCACCCUAUUUGAUCUCUCUUCCUCUCUCUCUCUUGCCCCCCUCCCCUCCCAAAAAUACCGCUUUCUUCCUUCUCCGGCGUGCAUACGUCUCGUCUCCGAUCAAGCUCCGGUUUUUUAUUCCUCGAAGAUGCAUUCCAGCCACCUGCUUCUCGAGGAGCCCAUCAGGAUGGCUUCGAUUCUGGAGCCCUCCAAGGCCAACUUCUUCUCCGCAAUGACGAAGAUCGUCGGGACCUUGGGGCCCAAGUCACGCUCUGUGGAGGUCAUCUCUGGGUGCCUCAAGGCCGGGAUGUCUGUGGCUCGAUUUGACUUCUCCUGGGGUGACGCUGAAUAUCAUCGGGAGACUUUGGAGAAUCUGAAGGCUGCCGUCAAGGGCACUAAGAAGCUCUGCGCUGUUAUGCUGGAUACGGUUGGGGCCGAGCUGCAGGUGGUGAAUAAAACUGAGAAAGCUAUUUCACUUCUGGCUGAUGGUGUUGUCGUCUUGACGCCUGAUCAGGGACAAGAAGCCUCUUCGGAGCUAUUGCCUAUCAAUUUUGAUGGGCUUUCCAAGGCAGUGAAGAAGGGAGAUACCAUUUUUGUGGGUCAAUAUUUGUUUACCGGAAGUGAGACUACUUCAGUAUGGUUGGAGGUUUCGGAAGUCAAGGGGGAUGAUGUAGUCUGUGUGAUAAAGAACUCUGCAACAUUGGCUGGAUCAUUGUUCACCCUACAUGCCUCCCAAGUUCGUAUUGAUCUGCCUACCCUUUCUGAUAAAGACAAGGAGGUGAUAAGCUCCUGGGGAGUUCAAAAUAAGAUCGACUUCCUUUCUCUGUCUUACACUCGUCACGCUGAAGAUGUUCGCCAAGCAAGGGAGUUCCUCUCUAAGUUGGGAGACCUUAGUCAAACUCACAUUUUCGCAAAAAUUGAAAAUAUUGAGGGUUUAAAUCAUUUUGACGAGAUUCUGCAAGAAGCGGAUGGCAUCAUUCUUUCUCGUGGUAAUCUGGGCAUAGAUCUUCCACCUGAGAAGGUGUUUUUGUUUCAAAAGGCUGCAGUUUACAAAUGUAACAUGGCCGGAAAGCCAGCAGUGGUUACUCGUGUUGUGGACAGUAUGACUGAUAACCUGAGACCUACUCGUGCUGAAGCAACUGAUGUUGCUAAUGCUGUGCUAGAUGGAACUGAUGCAAUUCUUCUUGGUGCUGAAACCUUGCGUGGAUUGUACCCUGUUGAGACUAUAUCAAUUGUUGGCAAAAUCUGCGCAGAGGCAGAGAAGGUGUUUAAUCAAGAUUUAUAUUUCAAGAAGACCGUCAAAUAUGUUGGCGAGCCCAUGACCCAUUUGGAAUCUAUUGCUUCUUCUGCGGUUCGUGCGGCCAUUAAGGUGAAGGCAUCAGUUAUUAUUUGCUUCACCUCAUCUGGAAGGGCUGCAAGAUUGAUAGCCAAGUAUAGACCAACGAUGCCAGCCUUAUCAGUUGUUAUUCCUCGACUUAAGACGAACCAAUUGAAGUGGAGCUUUACCGGAGCCUUUGAGGCAAGGCAGUCACUUAUCGUUAGAGGCCUUUUCCCCAUGCUUGCUGAUCCUCGACAUCCUGCUGAGUCAACUAGCGCGACGAAUGAGUCAAUUUUGAAGGUCGCACUCGAUCAUGGCAAGGCUUGUGGGAUCAUCAAAUCGCAUGACCGGGUCGUGGUCUGCCAGAAGGUUGGGGACGCUUCCGUGGUCAAGAUUAUCGAACUCGAAGACUAAGCUGAAGGGAGGCUUAGCGCCUACUUUUGGUAUUCCUUUUGGGGUGAUUCUUUCCCUCCUAUAGAUGUCACAUUAGGAGGUUUUCCUGGUGAAGAAAACCUGAACGGGGUGGGUGAUUAGAUUCACUUUGAAGGACCUGUAAGAAUUUUUACACUGAUGGGCGAACUUUUCCUGUCCAAAUCUUUUAUAUGGAAUUAAAAGGGCCAUGAUAUGGCAUUCACGGCCCCUUAUUUAUUUUCCUCUUUAAAA